AUGACAACAACUGCGGCUCUUCCAUCUGUUAAGAAACCAAAUUGCAAUAAGGAGUCCCCACUUAAAGGUUUCUGCCAUGGCCAUCUGGCUCUUACAGUCACUUUCUGUGGCAGCUGGUACCUUCAGAGAACUGUCUCUCUCUCACUCUGCAACACUACACACCAAGAGAUGUUUAGUGACUUGAGCCACUCAGAGAGCCUUUUGGCAACUAUCUUCCUGUAUAGGAAAAACACAAUUUCAGUAAUAAUAUAUAGACUUCAGAUUUUAUCGUACAAGGUACAUUUUGCUCACACAAUAAACUAUUAUUUAUUCCUAUCUCCCUGUAGAUUGUUAGGUGACUUGUGGUAUCUAUCUCACUUGUGCACAUGUUGCAUCUCAGAAGUACUGAUAUUUUUUGGGCUGUGA